AUGCAGACUGAGUUUGACAACUGCUCGAGGAAGGUAGCACAGGGUGGAGAAAGGAGAACUACGGAAGACGGGGAUGAGACUUUGGAGACAAGGCCUGCAAAUGUGGGGUUUCUAGACCUGCUGGUGAUUGAGAAGUCCUAUGAAUACAAGCUUAGGAAGUAUAAAGGGCGGAAGGUUCCGAACGAGUCGAUGAGCUAUGAAGUGGAUGACCAGGGCAAGUUCAGAAACAGCAUGACAUAUGCAAGGGAUAGCAACACAACACUUCAAGCUCUUUCAGGAUCCACAAGAAGCACGGGACUGAAGCAGUAUCUCAAGAGAAAGCAGCUUGAGAAAGAGAUUUUGAAGCGGAAAGUUUCCAAGGAUGUCUUGGAGAGGGUUGAGGAGAUCAAGUAUCCUUUUGAUUUGGUGGAAUGGGAGAACGAUGUAGUCUACGACACCGACAAGAUUGGAAGUUUGGGGACUUCUGAUACGGUUACCAUGGAGCUGGUGGACAGUAUUCUGGAGGAAGACUGGGAAAAGUACGUGGUUGUGGAUGAGAACGACAUGAAGAACUACAAAUCGUUUCUCACACUCUAUUUGGAGGACCCCAACUUAAUCUUCGAAAAGGUGGACGAGAAGAAGCAAGGAAAGCCCAAGAAGAAACAGAAAGAGGUAUUUUCUGUGGACAAACCUCUGAAGGGAAAGUAUAAUAUUUCACUUGACAAGUAUUAUGGACAGGAGUCGAGGACAAAGAACAGCCUGGGGACGUUUGGGGUUCAGCAUUCUCUUCCUGCGUUGCGACUAGAUCCGAUGUUUUACAAAAACAAUCAUACAAGGGAGGAGCUUAGGAACUUCCAUAGGCCAAGAUUUAUGGUAAAUGGCAGUGGUAUAAGGUUCAAAGCAGUGGAAGGCAACAGGGGAAAAGGGCAAAGCAUCAUAAAGAAAGCGGGAGAGCUAACAAUCAAGGAUGGAGGCCCGUUCUCGCUGUUUGAAUAUUCUGAGGAGGAACCGUUUUUCCUUGUGAAUCCGGGGAUGGUGAGUCUACUCAAUAUCUAUUAUAGAAAGAGUAAUGUAAGAGACGAGUAUGCGCCUGACCAGUCACAAUACACUAUUCUGGACCCCGAGGAUCCUUCUCCAUUCUCUGGGUUUGGAGAUGUCAUGCCUGGGACAUCUAUACAGGCCAUCACAAACAACUUGUUCAUUGCACCUGUUUUCAAACACAGCUCCAGAGACUACUUGUGCAUUGUGGAGUCAUCGGCUGAUGGGGAGUUCCUGACGUACAGAAACAUUGACAAUCUCUAUUGUGUAGGGCAGCAGUUUCCACUGGAGGAGGUUUAUGCACCGCAUUCUAGAAAGCUCAAUAUAUUCUGCAAAAACAGACUUAAGGUUGCAGCAUUCCGCUUGUUCAACAGCAAGGUGGGGGGAAGCAAGGAGCUGAGGAUUUCGCAGCUGGACGAAAUGUUUCCUUAUUUCAGCGAGGGUAGCAAGAGAAAGUGGCUGAAGGAGUAUGCAGACUGUGUUAAGAAAGGACGAGAUAAUGUAUGGGUUCUGAGGCCGAGCUCUGCAUUGCUUGGAGAAGAAGAUCUCAGAAAGCUUGUUACUCCCGAGAACAUAUGCCAAUACGAGAGCAUGUUGGCAGGGGAAAGAAAACUCCAGGACUCGGGAUACAAAAUGGUUGUCGAAAGUGACGAUGAGGAAAAUGAGGAGGAGAUGGUUCCGCCUCCAUGGUGCCUCAGCCGGAACUUUGUAAAUGCAUGCAACGGAAGAGGUCUUCUUGAGUUGAGCGGGCCUGGAGACCCCACGGGGAUUGGAGAAGGGUUUAGCUUUAGAAAGAUCAGGCUUAAGAGAGGGAACGAGGUUGAAAACCGGAAGAUCAUUAACGAGCAUCAGCUAAGAUACAAGGAAGAGAUCGACAGGAUAUGGAACAAGCAGCUUGCAUCUCUAAGCUCUGUUGAAGAGAUUCCAUUUAAUGAUUCCUUCCUUGCCCGGAGACAUAAAGAAGGAAGAAGAAAUACAGAUGUGGCGAGUGAGACAACGGUGCUGUCUGAAGAGACAUUCCUUACUAUUAGACGUACUUACGGGGAGGGGGAAUCUUCCUAUGUAGAAACUGAAAGGAUUUCUGAUCCUCGUGUUAUCAAGGCGUAUUUGAAGGCACGGAAGAAGAAAAUAUCCGAGGAAAGGAAGGGAGUGCUGACAUGUGGAAGCUGUGGACAAGUGGGGCAUAUGAAGACGAACAAGGCAUGUCCUAAGUUUGCAUCUGCAGCAAAGAUGACGAAGAAGAAGAUUGAAGCGGAAAAAAGAAAAGCCAGAGUGUAUCUGCAGGAGAUCAUGCUGGAUCUUCUUGCUCAGUUCUUUCAGAUUCCAUAUUCUAUUGCAUUCCAUAGGCCUGUGUCUAUCAAGAAAUUUCCAGACUAUCCCUUGAUUGUGGACAACCCAAUUGACCUAACAACAAUCAAAACAAAGGCCAGACACAACAAGUAUAGGAAAUUCAACGAGUUUCUGGACGAUUUGGAGCUUAUGCGUAGCAACUGCAGAAAAUACAAUGGAGAAGACCAUUCUCUGACAAGGAUUGCAGACAGCAUUGUGGAGGCUGGGAGGAGAAGGUAUAACGAGAAGAUGGAGGAGAUUCUGGAAACCGAAAGGGUUCUGAAUGGAUUCUUCGAUGAAUAA